GUGUUACCAAAGUUACAAACUGAUUAAACAUAUAGCAUUAGAUCAUCCACAAUGGUAGUUUCUAGAUGAGUUUUUAUAGAUAAAAUAUAUUUUAAGUAACAGUUUCAAAAAAAAAAUAUAUAUUUUAAGUAAAACAAAAUAGAGGAAAUAUAACAUUAUCAUUUCUCAAACAAGAGAUUCAAUCCCAUUUUGGAAAUACUCUCUGCCAUUUGUCACACUAAUAUAAUUGAUUUUUAUUAUUAUUAAAUUUUAUAUUGUGAAUUCUAUUGAGUUUCUACCACUAGUUUACAUUUUUUUAGUUAUGAUUACAUUGUUACAUAACUAAAAAAAAUGUAAGAAUGUCUUUUUAUAUAUAUGAUGAUAUAAAUAUAUUUUUUUUAAAUAGAAGCAAAUAUUAUUUGUUAUAUAUAUACAUAUGUAUUUAGUAUGGGACGUUUGCGAAUAAAAGGGUACGAUAAAUAAUUGCAGGAAAGCGACACUGUUCACUGUUGUUAGGGCUAAACUAAAGAAAAUGACGAUGAUAUUUUUUAUAAUUAAUCACGUGGAUAAAAUCUGAAGGAGACGUGUGCGAUUCUCAAGUAGACUGGCGUCUAUUGCUUGGGCGCUGGGACCAAAGAAUGAGUAUAAAGACAAGAAAAAGGAUGAUAUGGUACUUUUUAUAAUUAACGAGUACGAUAAAGACAAGAAAAAGUUAUAAAUGUGAAAUGCUAUGACAAUCCGCGAACCCAAGCUCACAGUCUUCCCGAUCAAUUGGUCACAAUUUGUCUUCUGGAAUAUUGUUAAAAAGUAAGAUCUUUCGACAAACAUCAAACACACUAAUAACUUAUAUAAAGGAGUCAGUGAGGACUCACAUGUGAAGGAUUAUGAUCGGUGCCGUGCAGGAAUGUGAACCUAGAUCCACAUAACGGAUUGUCACACAUAAAUUAUGAAUGUAGCAUAACACAUUCACGUACCAAUAAUCUGAGGAAACAUUUACAGCAUUGGACACAUUUCAAGUUUCUUAUUACAUUCUAGGUCACUUCUUGCUCUCAACACAAUUUUUCAUACACUUUAACACUUUUUUCUUACACUUUAACACAUGAAAAUACCAACAUGUCCUUCGGUCUUUCUACUCUUUAUUCUUUUUAGUUAAAUCAUACAUAUAUACUAAUCAAUUUAAUAUAUAUUUCUUGUAUUGCUCCCCGAAAAGCAUAGUUCUCUUUGUACCUCCACCACCGGAUUACCUAUAUGUUUCUUCACGUACGAUCUCCCACAAAAAUUAAAUCUUGCGAUGAUGGAUCUUCAAAGCUUAGAUGCCGAGCCUAUCACCGCCAAGAUUCUCCCAUUCUGGCCCAGACUUCCGGGAUCAAGACAUCGUCGACCACUAGAUCAUGGUCUUGCUUCUCACGGCGGCGACUAAGAGAAAGAGGCGGUUAGGGUUUUGAUAUGGUUUUGAAAUACUGAUUUUGAUUAUUUAGGUUUUGUAGUCCCUCUCUUGAAUCAGAGCUCAGAGAUGUAGUUGGGUUUUUGAAAUCUCUCAGAAACUAUGAGAAAUCGGGUGUGCUGAAAGGAGCUGCAAUUGAUUUCGGUGAUGCAUUUAUCUCGGUAGGAAAAAAUGUCUCAUUCUUCGCCUCCAUAAUCCUCAUUUCAAAUCAAAGCUUGUCUCAUGUUUGGGUUUUUGUGUGUUUUCUUCUUAGAAUGAGAUGAAUUUCAUUUUUGCGAUGUUCUGAAAAUCAGUCAUUUAAUUAAGUUGCAGUUACAUCUAUAACAUGUAAUUCUCUAAGAUUCGUUUUGUAUUCAAGAAAUCCAAAUGAGUUAAGGUUUUUGCCUCUAGAGGAUGGUGUUUUCUUCUCCACUUCAGGAACUAGUAGUCCAGUGAGAAACCAAAUUGUGUAGAUUUAAAUUGAAAGAAACGUCUGGAACUCACGCCAAUGAUAACACAAUACAGCCAGGAUUUGAUUUUGUAACGGUUUGAUAAUGUGAUAUUACUCUUAUGUUAUAUCCAUGUGUACACUUUAUAUGAUAUCUAUGAGAUUUUUUGUAAACAAUUUAUCCAUAAGAUGCAAUGUGAACCACCUUUCGCAUACUUUUUUCAAAAAUGACUUUUUUCUACACAUAUGUACACUUAUAUUAUAUUGUACAUGUGGUUUUGGCAAGAACAAGUAUUUCUUCAAGCUUUCAACAAAGUAAUCCACUUAGAGCAUGAUUAACCCAAUCUCUUAAUUUGGAGUUCUUAACUCAUGAUUUGACACUUUUUUAACACUUUUCGGCUAAGAGCCGGCUCUUAUAUCUCUUAUUUAAUAGACGGUUCUUUUUCUUAGUUAAAAGCUAAGAAACGGUUCUUAGCCGAAGCUAAGAAUCCCACAUUAAGAGCCCGGGUUAAUCAUGGCCUUAUAAUUGUUUCAUGUCGAAAUAAUCAUACUGUGUCUUAGACAAUUUGGUCCUUUCCAAAUAAUGUUGCUCAGUUAGGUUACGGCUCAAUACAACAAUCCACAAAAAAACCUAAAACAUUGUGUCCAUGUGUACACCGUCUGGCCAUGUCCACAUGUACAACGUCUAGCCAUGUAUAUACAUCUAGCCAUGUCCAUGUGUACAUUGCUACGCUUCCUCAAGAACCAUCUGUGUACACUGUUGCGGUUUUUCUACGAACUGUCCAUGUUUUUAAACUUCAUUCUUAUUGUCCUAACAAGCCGGUUCCCAUUCAAAUACUCUACCAAAUCUUCCCUUACAUUUCACACCCUCUGCCAAGCCAAUAAUCACUAGAUCCUGCAAUGGGUAUCGUGCACAACUCAUUUCAGUGUGGUUAACCGCAACAGGUGUUUGAAACUGUGUCUCCUCCAAAUUAAAUUGUGGUUUCGAUACAUACAUAAAUUGGCGGAGACAAUGGCGACUGAGGAAAAGAAGGAGCUUAUUGGGACCAGAAGAAAGAAAAACUUGUCAUAUUGACCAUGGAUGAGUAUCUCUCGGGUUGAAAUUCUGUGAACCGGGUUGUGGUCGGUUCGUCGAAAUCUCAAACUAGGCAUGGAAAGAUGAAUGAGAUAAAUAUUUUGUCGAAGUCGCCGUAGCCAUCAACAAAAACUUUGUAAGUUGAGAUAAGGAAGGUAAAUAUAUGAUGUCAAGAAAAGAGUAUUAAGAUAAUGGGGGUGAUUGGUUGAGCUGUAUCAAGUGACUAGCUUUAUUUUCUAUCUACAACCAUAAAAAUUACCAAUCAUGUUUUAUGUAGUUGUUAAAGCUAAAGCCAAAAAAACUAAAGAAAGAACUGUAUGAACCUUAUUUUCUAAAGCAAAAAAAAUUGUUGUAAGAAUCUCUUUCCUUUUUUUUCUCAUUUAAUUUCUACAACUACAUUUGUUACAGACUUACAUCUACAUCAAAACAUUAUAUAUGAUAAAUUAUAUAGUAAAAUUUCUAUAGUUGUAGUUCAACCAAUCACUCCCAACGAUGUUUUUGUGUGGCUGUGAUUAUAUGAAUUAAAAUAACUUUAUGCUUUUUGAAAUCUGAAAACUAUUUUAAUCUUCUCAAGAGAGGGAGAAAAAAUAGAAAUAGUUAUAUAAACAAAAUUGUUAGUUGAGGACAACUUUGUCAUUUUUCCUUUAUAAACUACCUCAAGAGUGGAAGCCCCUUUAGUCCAAUGGUUUGAUUAAGGGUUCAUUAAUGCUUAUACACCAGCAGGUCCAGGUUUCAAUUCCCGGAAAAAGCGAUUUAUUAAACAAUUAUGCAGGCUACGGAGGAAAGGCUUACAAGGGAUCUUCAACAUGGUGCAAGUAAACUCGACCAGGCGUGAUCUUCGUUUGACCGUUCAGGUGAUGCAGUUAUGCGUAGAUCCUUAUAACAUAUGUAGUAUUGUCGGUUGUCAGAUCGUCUUUAUAAUCUUUCUCAUAAUUGUAAUAUCAUAAUAAAUCAGCGUUAAAAAAAACUACCUCAGGAGCACAAAGUGACUUUCAGUGCAAUAAAAACUCAAAAAGUGACAUGCACUGUAAAAAAGCUCUCUGAGAUAUUUACAGCCUAGGACAUAUUUCAAAUUUUUUAUUACAUUCUAGAUCACUUCUUGCUCUCAACACACUUUUUCAUACACUCACCUUUCUCAUACACUUUAACGCAUGAAAAUACCAACAUGUCAUUUGCUCUUCUCUUGUUUAUUCUACUCUUUAUUCUUUCUAGUUAAAUCAUAACUAUAUACUAGUCAAUUUAAUAUAAAUUUCUUGUAUUGCUCCCCGAAAAAUCAUAGUUCUAUUUGUACCUCCACCACCAGAUCACUUAUCUGUUUUUUCACGUACGAUCUCCCACAAAAAUUAAAUCUCGCGAUGAUGGAUCUUCAAAGCUUAGAUGUUGAGCCUAUCACCGCCAACAUUUUCCCAUUCUAGCCCCAGACUUCCAGGAUCAAGACAGCGACCACUGGCUCAUGGUCUCGCUUCUCACGGCGACGACCAAGAGAAAGAGCUGGUUAGGGUUUUGAUUUGGUUUUGAAAUACUGAUUUUGAUUAUUUUAGUUUUGUAACCCUCUCUUGAAUCAAAGCUCAGAGAUGUCGUUGGGUUUUUGAAAUCUCUCGGAAACUAUGAGAAAUCUGGUGUGCCAAAAGGAGCUACAACUGAUUCCGGUGAUGCGUUUAUCUGGUAGGAAAAAACGUCUUAUUCUUCACCUCCAUAAUCCUCACUUCAAAUCAAGUCUUGUCUCAUGUUGGUUUUUUUUUUGUUUUUCUUCUUAGAAAUAGAUGAAUUUUAUUUUUUGCAAUGUUCAAAAAAUCAGUCAUUUAAUCAAAUUGCUGUUACGUCUAUAACUUGUAAUUCUUUAAGAUUCGCUUUGUUUUCAAGAAAUCCAAAGAAGUUAAUUCUCUAGAAGAUGGUGUUUUCUUCUCCACUUCAGGGACUAGUAGUCCAGUGAGAAAUCAAACUCUGUCUAGAUUUAAAUUGAAAGCAACGUCUGGAAGUCACGCCAAUGAUAACACAUUACAACCAUUAUUUGAUUUUGUGAAACUCUGUCCUAAUUUGAGUUUGCGUCCAUCAUUCAUUAUGAAUUGAAUGUGAGCCCUUUUUGGCUAGUGUGUUAGCUUUUUUUAAAUAUAUUGUUAAUGUACAGAACAUUAACCCCAUCUGUCCUUUAGGAGAACUUGUACAACAUAAGGUUUUUAUUUAUAACGAUGGGUUUGUAUAUCAAAAUGAAAGAGUUAAUGAUGAAGGAUGUCAUCUAUACACAUGGAGAAAUCUAACAAAAAACUAUUCAAUGAAAGAUAAUUGAACGCCAUAACGAGUGAAGACUAAACAGUAACACCAGUAGAUACCAUAUGAUAGCUUCACAAUAAAGAGCAAGACAACAAAGACUGCUCCCAACCAAGAUCCAUCGAAACGUAAAAAAAUAGCACUGAUAAGGUUGAGUUUGAACUGUUUUCUUCUUGAGCUCAAAAAGCAGAAUUGAAACCUGAGAAGACUUGCAUUUAUUGUCAUAACCAAAGUUGAAAUCAUCUAUAUACCGAGAAACAACACUAAGAACCUAUCACUUCCGUUUUGAUAAGAGUAUGAAGCUUUCGAAGUUCACCUUACGACUUCGUAAAUUUAAGAAAACAUGACCCAAAAUUCCAAACCGUUGGACUAGAGCCGGAAAAAUUCACCUCAGAACUUGCGAACAACACCAUAAUUGCAUAUCUACGAUCACUGCAGCGAAGUAGACAAAGAUCCAAGGCACGAGGCUUGCAAUGAAAAGGAUGGAGAAGACUCGAGAAACCACUCCACAUAUCGAACCACAACAAAAUUUGCCAGAAACACGCAGUCAAGCCCAAAGAAUAAAAAUAGAGAGAUGAGAUGCCUUCUCCGGUGACGGCAAGGAACACCGACAGCCGGAGAGAUGGAAACUGAGAUGAAAAGUUAACGGCUGCUAGAUACAAAAUAAAAGAUUCCGAGGUAAGGUUUUAUGAAAACAAAUAUGAUAAUAGCUCGUUGACAAAAAAAUGAUAAUAACUCAUAUAAUUGAAAUCGACAAGGCAAAUAUAUAAUAUAAUAACAUGAUAUAAUUUAUGAAGCAAAAAUUUGUGUACAUAACAUAUAUGCUCACAAGACGCAAGUAAUUAUUUGCACAAAAUAAUAUACUAAUUAUUCUCAAAAGAUGCAAUUUAUUGCAGAUUUAGGAUGCAAAGCUAAUCGAACGUUCCAUAGUGUUGUAUGCAGAGCCGUUGUGGUCGUGUGCUAUGAAGAGAGAAUGUUCAUCGAAGAUGUCAUACAUGCAGAAUUGUCUGUGAUCCGUGCUUUAGGGGGAGAGCUGCAUCGUGGAGGCGUUGUUCGAUAAGUUGUUAAUUAUAUCACAUAUGUUGCAUGUAGUUAAUCAUCAUAUAUAAUAUAUUACAGAUUAUAUGAUGAUGCAUUUGAGAUUUGACUAAUGUUAAAAUAAUUUAUUUAAUUUACAAGAGAAUAUAUUAAUUAGACAUAUAAAGUAAAAUAUACAGUUUGAAGACAAAAUUGAAAUAUACAGUUGUGAUGGGGGAAAACACUUUGAUUGAUAACAAGCGCGAAACAAGAUUAGCUUGAUAUCAAUGUAUUGUCAUCAUCCAACCAAUCGGAAUUCACCAUUGAUUUUUAUUGUAAUCGUAAUUGUCAAAUCAUAUUUCUGUCGGUUACAUUAUUUUCUCAAGAGCUUGUUUUGGCUUUCUUGAUGCGAUGUACCAUAUCAACUAUUAAGCUAUUGUUUUUGAUAGACAAUAUUGAAUAAAAAAAGUCUUAGAUGGAAAGAGAAGAAGACAAAAUUCAAAUACUACAUUGAAUUCGUUUUAGCCUUUUAAAAAGAAACUAGACUUCGAAUGGUAAAAACAAUUCAAGUGAUGUUGAAUCAAAAAAAAUAUGUUGAUCAAGUGGAUCACGUGCAGAUCAUGUAAGAAAAAUGUAGAUCAAACAGUUUAUUACAGAUUAUAAUGAUAAAAAACUAUUCAAACAAAAUAGAUUAUACUAGUGUGUUUCACCCAUGCUACGCAUGGGUAUUAAUUACUUUUCAAUAAAAUAUAAAUGUUAUUUUUUGUUUAUUUAUAAAUUAAUAACAAACAUUUGUUUCUAGUUCAACUUAACUGUGUAACCAUAAAAACUAAUGUUUAUUUUACAUGAAAUUAUAUUUAAACAAUGAGAAGGAUUGUUUCGAUGGAAAUAUCUCAAAAAGUUAUGUCAUUUUAGUAUAUCUAUACUUUAAAACAAUUACUAAGAGAAAUGUUGCAUAAUUUAGGUAUUAUAAUUGGUUGACCAAUCUGUAUGAUAAUAUUACAGUGUAAACAUAUUUAACAAAUUACUUAUAUUACUUUCAUUUUGUUUUAGCAGAUUAAAAAUGGCCUCAAGCAUCCAUACAUGCUUAUAUACUACCCAUGAUAUUUAUUAUCAUAUAAAAUACUACUCAAAAGUUGUCAAUCUUAAAAUGUUUUCAGCAUUAUUUGAUGGUUAAAGGGAAAAAAGGAAAACAAAAAAAAUAUUAAUCAAAGUUUUGCAUCUGACCUAUUAACUAAAGGGUGAAUUAGCUAAGCAAAAUUGGAGUCCAUCUUCUCUUCUAUUAUUCAUGAACUCUCGUCGACUUCAAAACCUUUACAGCCCAUCAGAUUGAAGUUCAUCUUUCUUCAGAGAAAAAGAAAAUAUGAAAGCAUAUAUUUUAUUUUUGUGGAAUAAAUUAAAUUGUUUGUAGAAGUUGAUGUAUGGAGUUGAUGUAAUGUAUAUGAGAAGAAGGUGGAAAUUUUUUAUUUUCACUUUUUUUAUUUAGCUGUAGAAUAAAGUGCUUGUUUUAGAACUAUUUUUAUUUUAAUUUUUUUCCAAAUUUUUUUUAACAAUAAACAUGUGGCAUAAAUAGAUUGGUAAAGUGACUUGUGCUUUAGUAUAUAAACUAGUGUUAAUCUCAUGCAUAGCAUGGAUAAAAUAAUUAUAUAUUUAAAUGAUUUACUAAUAUAUCUUUAUCUGUAAUUAUAAUUAGAAGACAUUAUUAUUUUAAUUAAAUAGUAUAUAAAUACAUAUAUUUGGUUUCAUUAAAACUAAAAAUUUGGAAAUGGUAAAACAAUAUUUCUUAUAUUAAAAAAAAAUAGAUAUCUGUUUGCAAGCAUCUUAUGUUUAUAAAUUAAGAUAUCUUACCAACACAUAUAAAUAUAGUUUAAAGUAUUGUAUUUGAUUCAUCCAGUUUCUUUGUAUUUGUCUUGUAAAUGAACAUAAAUUUGUAUUUUUUAUUAUAAAAAAAUAAAAUAAUUAUAAAUUAUAACAUUAUUAAAAAUUUAUACCUAUUUUGAUAUUUUGAGACCUAGUAGAAACCUAAUAGAAAGUAUGGAAACAAUAUCCACAUAUUUUAGUGUUCAGAAAAACACAUUUGAUAUUUUUCUUCACAAUUUUUCCAAACAUGUUCAUUAUCUUUUAAAUUCAAAACACUCUUAAUGGGUACAUAUUUUUCUUCUUCUUUCCUUUCUAUUUUGUUUCUUAUUAAUAGACAAUAUUUUGUUUCAACUACGUUUUCUACAUCUGUAACAAAUAGAUAACAUAAUUUUUCUAAUAUAAGUCACAAAACAGAUAUGAAAAACAAUAUAUAGAGAAAAGAAGUACAGCUAUUUUGUUACAUUCUUUGCCGAUAAAAUUUGUUUCCAGUUUUUUUUAUAAACUUGGACACCAGACUAGUGUAUACUCAAGUGCUAUUUUCAGUUUGAAACUUUAUAGAAUAAGGACAAAAAAGAAAUGCAUUAAUUUUUUUGAGUUCUUUACUAUAUUGAUACUCUAAAAUUUGAAACAAUGAUGAUAUAGAGAAAAUGAAGAGUAAUAUGGUGAGCUCGAAGACGAUAGCAUUAUAUGGGGAAGAAAGCAGUUUGAUAAUGGAAAAACAGAUCGAAAAGUGGGAUCAAAAUUCUGAGAAAAAAAUAAGAAUUUAGGUAGUUUGAAUUGCUGAAAAAUAGGGGAUGAAAAAAAACAAUCGAUUACUUUUUAUUUUUAUUUUUAUUUUAAAAACCAGUGCCAUGUGUUAGAAUUUUGUUGGCCAAGUGAUUUGCAAGUUAAUAUAUAAAUGAAGAUAUUCAAAUAAUAAAAAUGACAACAAAAACCACAAUAUAAUAUAUAUAUAUAUAUAUACAAUUCACAAAUAACAAUAUCAAAAUAUGAAAAUAAUAGUAAUUAACCAAAUACAUCUAUCUUCCAUUAAAAUAUAUAUAUAUAUAUAUAUAAACUACAAUACUAUUUAUUUACAUAAAUAGUUAAAAACACAGACAUCAUAUAAAUAAUUUGAUAAAUGUAUAAUUUAUAUGACAAAAAUAAGAUAGAGAGACAAAAAGAAAAUGAGAAUUUUUUGUAUUGUAAAUUUUUUUUGGGGUAAAAUAUUGUAAAAGUUGUAAGAAAAUAUAAUGAAAAUGGUGUUAUUUAUAAGAUAUUAAAUAUAUUAAUAAUUUGUGGCAAAAUUAUUUACUAGUCAUAAAAGAAAAAAAAAAAAAAAGGGGGGGUGAAUAUCAAUCACCAAAUGUGUAAACGGAUAUUACUGCAUGUGGCAAAUCUGCUUUUUCUUUUGUAGAAAAAAAAACAAAAAAAAAAAUCUGAACUGAAGGCUGAAUGGCAUUUCAAAUGCAAUUCUCCUACAUAAGCAGAUGAUCUGCGCUUCUUUGACUCUCCCACUCAUUCAUAAUCUAAAAGCUUUCUCUAGUCCGAACUAAAUGGCGGGAGCUCUAGGAUUACACGUCAUCACUACACAGCUUCCGAUUGCGUUUAUCUCCGCUACCAAACAGACCUUUAGGAGAGCUUCUGUGAUCAGAUGCGCCGCCAACCCACCGAAUAAACGGUACACCAUAGCGGUGCUUCCCGGCGAUGGCGUCGGCAAUGAAGUCAUCCCCGUCGCCGUGGACGCUCUUCGUCUAGCUGGAUCGCUCGAAGGGCUAGAUUUGAGGUUCGAGGAGCUGCCCAUAGGAGGUGCUGCUUUGGAACUCGUCGGAGUUCCACUACCGGAGGAAACAUUGAGAAAGGCAAAGCAGUCGGAUGCUGUUCUUCUCGGGGCUGUUGGAUGGCCGAAAUGGGAUAACAGUCCGAAGCACUUGAAGCCUAUAACGGCGCUGUUGCAGCUUCGUGCGGGUCUUGAAGUGUUUUCCAAUUUAAGGCCCAUCACUGUGUUCCCUCAGCUGGUUGAUUCGACGUAUCUGAGAAAAGACACGGCCGAAGGGGUUGACAUUAUGAUCAUCCGGGAGCUUACUGGAGGUAUUUACAAUGCGCACCCUCGGGGGUUUACCACUAAUGAACAAGGUGACGAAGUUGGCUUUUGCACUGAGUCCUACUCUGCAAGUGAGGUUGAUCACAUUGCUCGUGUUGCAUUUGAUAUUGCCAAGCAACGGCGCAGUAAACUUUGCUCUGUUGACAAGGCUACUAUCCUUGAGGGAUCAAUGUUGUGGAGGAAAAGAGUCACAGCAAUGGGCUUAGAGUAUCCCGAGGUUGAAGUGAGUCAUUUGCUUAUUGACACCGCUGCGAUGGAUCUUGUUCGGUACCCAAGACAGUUCGAUACCAUUUUGACUGGAGUCAUGUUUGGUGAUAUCCUCUCUGAUCUUGCGGCCAUGAUCCCUGGAAGUGUAGGAUUGCUUCCAUCUGCUGCCCUUGGUGAUUCAGGACCUGGAAUCUUUGAACCCGUGCAUGGAUCUGCACCUAAACACUACGGAAAGGACACAGUGAACCCCUUGGCAGCUGUUCUAUCAGCUGCAAUGCUUUUCAGGUACGGACUGAAAGAGGAAAACGCUGCACAGAGGAUCGAGAAGGCAGUUUCAGAUGUCUUGGACCGCGGAUUCAGAACUCGUGACAUUCUCACUCCUGGAACGACAUUGGUAGGUUGCAAGAGAAUGGGAGAGGAGAUACUGAGAUCCCUUGAUGCUAGAGUCUCUGUUUCAAACGGAAGUUUGGUUUAGCUUCAAAUAAAUUUCGAUGUUUGUUUGUAUCUGCUUAAUCGUUCAAACAAUGUAAAAGAGUAUAAACUCAAUUACGGGUUUUCAAUCCGGAUAUCGGUUCGGUUUAUGUUCGGUUUUUUUUCGGUUUUCGGUAUUUCGGUUAGUAAAAUAUAACCACCAUUCUAAAUCCAUAUUUACUUCA